AUAACCUCUGCCGCUGCGAGCCGAUGCGCUUCAAACUUCAGCAUUUGCGCGAAACAAGAAAAAAAACCGCAGACGGCAGAUUCUCCAUUCCGACGGCGUAUUUCCCCCUUAAAAGUGAGGUUCCUUUUCGCGUUCCCCCUGCAAGAACGGCAAGUGAGUCUGCUGUUGUUCGCCGAGAAUGGCAGAUUUCCUGGAAUAUGGCUCGAUCAGCUCGGAAGUGCGCGGGGCGUUGUGUCCCGGCAAGCUCAAGAUGACGGACACGGCGAUCGUGUUCAAGAAUGAGAAAACCGGAAGGGUUGAGCAGAUUAACGCGUCCGACAUCGAGCUGCUAAACUACCAGCGCUGUGUGGGCAGUUUCGGGCUGCGCGUUUUCCUGAAGAACGGAACGCUGCACAGAUUCAUGGGUUUUACUGGUGACGAGCAGAAGAUUGCCAGCUUCGCCAAGAAGAACUACAAGCUGGACAUGCUGGAGAAGGAGCUGUCGAUGCGUGGCUGGAACUGGGGCACGGUCCACUUCAAGGGCAGCGUGCUGUCGUUCGAUGUCGAGAACAAGACCAGCUUCGAAAUCCCGCUGAACCACGUGUCGCAGUGCAACACCGGCAAGAACGAGGUGACGGUCGAGUUCCACCGUAACGACGACGCCCCGGUCAGCCUGAUGGAGAUGCGGUUCCACAUUCCGAUCUCGGAGUCCGCCGACACCGACCCGGUCGAGGCGUUCCAGGAGCAGGUCAUGAAGCAGGCCUCGGUCAUUUCCGCGUCCGGUGACGCGAUCGCGAUCUUCCGCGAGAUCCACUGCCUGACGCCCCGCGGUCGGUACGACAUCAAGGUGUUCCAGAGCUUCUUCCAGCUGCACGGAAAGACGUACGACUUCAAGAUUCCGACCUCGUCGGUGCUGCGACUGUUCCUGCUGCCGCAUAAGGACAACCGGCAGAUGUUCUUUGUCAUUUCGCUGGAUCCGCCGAUCAAGCAGGGCCAGACGCGCUAUCACUUCCUGGUGACGCUGUUCCAGAUGGACGAGGAGACGAACAUCGAGCUGCCGUUCACGGAGGAGGAGCUGAAGGAAAAGUACGAGGACAAGCUGACGAAGGAGCUGUCGGGGCCGGUUUACGAGGUGCUCGGCAAGAUCAUGAAGGUGAUCAACAACCGCAAGCUGACCGGACCGGGAACGUUCAUUGGCCACUCGGGAACACCCGCCGUCGGAUGCUCGUACAAGGCCGCCGCCGGUUACAUCUACCCCCUCGAGCGAGGCUUCAUCUACGUGCACAAACCGCCUGUUCACAUCCGGUUCGAGGAGAUCGCCUCGGUCAACUUUGCCCGCAGCGGUGGAUCGACGCGCAGCUUCGACUUUGAGAUCGAGCUCAAGACCGGCACGAUCUACACGUUCAGCAGCAUCGAGAAGGAGGAGUACGGCAAGCUGUUUGACUUCAUCUCGUCCAAGAAGCUGCACGUCAAGAACACCGGCAAGGACGGCAAGAACGCGUACAAGGAGGACUUUGCCGACUCGGACAACGAAAACGAACCGGACGCGUACCUUGCGCGGGUCAAGGCCGAAGCCAAGGAGCGCGAUGACGACGGAGACGACGACGACGAUUCGGAGGAAUCUACGGACGAAGACUUCAACCCGAACCAGGCCGAGUCGGACGUGGCCGAAGAGUUCGAUUCGAACGUCGAGUCCAGCUCGGAAGAGGACUCUGAAGGCGGCGGCGGUGGCGGAUCCGACGACGAGGCCAAGAAAAAACUCAAGGAGAAAAAGAAGGAAAAGAAAGAGAAGAAAAAGGAGCGCAAAGAACGUAAAGAAAAGAAGCCCAAAAAGUCCAAAUCCGGUGGACCGAAGCGUCCGUCGACGGCCUUCAUGAUGUGGCUGAACGCGACCCGCGAGCGCAUCAAGAAGGAAAACCCCGGCAUUUCCGUGACCGAGAUCGCCAAGAAGGGCGGCGAGAUGUGGAAGGAGCUCAAGGACAAGAGCGAGUGGGAGGGCAAGGCGGCCAAGGCCAAGGAGGAGUACGUGGAAGCUAUGAAGGAGUACAAGGCCGCCGGUGGUGGCGGAAGUGGCGACGAAGGCGGCAAGGCUAGCGGCAAGAAGCGCAAAUCGGAGGGAUCACCGAAGAAGACCGUCUCGACGGGCGCCGCCAUGAAGGGCAGCGGCUUCAAGAGCAAGGAGUACAUCUCCGGCGACGACUCGAGCAGCGACGAUGGCGAGGACGGCGACAAGAAGGACUCCAAGAAGGCGAAGAAGGCGGAAUCGGGCUCGGACAGCGAGAAGAAGAAGGACGAUAAGAAGAAGUCCAAAAAGUCCGAGUCGGAAGCAUCGGCCAGCGAGUCGGAGGAAGAGGAAGAAGAGGAAGAGGACGAGGGCAGUGAUUAGAUCGAAUCUUUACGCGAUUAAGGUAACCAACAACUACUCGUUUUCACACAUUCACAAAUACCUACAACACUCAAUAAAAAAGAACAUUCGAUGCUGGUUUAAAACAAGCGCGGUUGCGAUUGGCAAACAUGCCGAAAUGGAAAAGAAAAAAAGAAACAUUUUAGUAUUAGGAGGAACGUCGUCAUUGUUUUAUGAUGUUUUACGCUAGCGGAUAAGAUUUAUGAACAUUAACAGACUUAUUUGUACAAAUUUC